GAAAAAGGGCGCGUGGAACGGUGGAACAGGAAAAACAACACUAGCUGGCAGCUACUCAGCUAGCUAACUUGCAAAAAUGUUGCCUAACAUAAAAUCAUUGAGAAUGUUUCUCAACAGGCGAUUAACAGCGGCUGUCGAUGAGCUUUUCGGGGCAGUUGAAACAACGAUAGCAGACUACCAGCAAGAAUUCUGCCGUUCAAAAGAGGAGAAAGACCGAACGAUAGCAGAGUACCAGGAACAAGUGUCCCGUGCUAAAGAAGAGAACGCCCGCCUACAGAAGCUGCUGGAUGUCGUUCUUAAACCAGAAAUAAAGUUACAGAGACUAGAAGACCUCCAGCAGCUCACUCUCUCCAUCUCUGAAGAGGAGGUUGCCCCUGAGCAGCAGCACUGCAGGCAGGAGUGUAGUCCCUGUCUGGGCCAGGAGGACCCUUCCCAGAUUAAAGAGGAACAGGAGGAACUAUGGGUCAUCAGUCAGGGAGGAGAGCAGCUUCAAGGGAUGGAUUAUGAUACUGAUGAUUCUGCUGAUACCAAAGCCUUCAUAUCUACUGCCAGAGUAAAAGGUGACUAUAAUCAGAACCCAAGUCAGUCCUCACAUCUUUACCAAAUUUUAACCCAACGUGAAGAAAACACAGAGAGGGAUGAGCUACCCAGCACCACAACGCAAAUUGAACAGAUUAAAACAGAGUACUUCAGUAACAGUGACUCUCAGCCCCCCUCUGCAGUCAAUUCAGACUGGUCUGCAACUCAGAGUGAGAGUGAUGAAAGUGUCGAUCGGCUGGAGAGUAAAGGACCUCCACUCAAGUCAAAGAGAACACAGACAAAAGCUGGACCAAGCUUCCAUGUCUGUACUAAAGUCAGAGAAUCCACAGAGUUGUCCCAUCUGAAAUCCCCUAUCCUCAAUAAUACUGUUCGUCGUUGUAGAAUAUGUGCAAAGCCUUUUAUCACCAAGGCGUCUCUAGUGAUUCAUGCACAUAGACAUACACAGCUGUCUCUGUGUGGUAUCUGCGGAAGAUCCUUUGAGUCUGUAGAAAGUUUGAAAGAUCAUCUACAUUUUCAUGUUGCAAGUACAGGAUCGCUUUCUUGUUACAUCUGUGGUAUAUGUUUCACAGAGGAUGAGGAGGUUUUGCUGGAAGAGCAUAUGAGCAAUCACAAACUGAAACUGUAUCGCUGUCUUGGGUGUAAUGAAAGUUUCGAUACUCGCCAGGGUCUGACAUUGCAUAUGAGGACUCACACCAGGACUCUUGAUCAGUACUGAAGACCGCCCCGACCUGCGCCUAUGACUUGCAGCCCGAGCCUGUCCAUAUUAUAACUUUACAAGCAGUCUUUUUUAUUUUGAAAUUGUAAAAGGAAUGUGAGGGAGGAGUAGCCUAUAUUGUCGUAAUCAAACUUAAUUAAAUACAACUACAGCAGUUCUUACUGAAGAAAUCACUCUGAUAAAAUGUUCCAGUUCCAUAUCCUAGUAAAGGAAGCCUGAGUCAGGCCCGAUGCGGGUCUGCUGAAGGUCUGUGUAUACCGAAAUGUCAUGUUUUUUUAUAUAAAAUAAAAUACUGUUGUAUGGA